AAUACCCCAGCCUUGAGGUUAUAUAGUGUAAUCUCGCAGGGCUUGGGUAUACGUGUGUAUGUACAAGCCCAGCUUUACGUGAAUGAUCGUGAACAAUAUCGGUCUAAGGGAUACUUACUCACGAAUGCCACGAAGGUUUUGGUGUCUGGUUUCCAAGCCCGAACAACUUCGUUACGCAAGGUCAAGCUAGGUCAGAGAGGUCCCCGCGAUGGCCCCGCAGGACACAGCCUCCGGAGCGAGAGGGGAAGCUCCUCCUCGGCGACUGAAUAUUAAGAUCAACAACAAGUAUUACAGAAUUGGACCGGAAAUUUCUAAGGACAUGCCCCUAAUAGACUUCCUGAGAGAGGAAGUAAAGCUGCCGGGAACAAAGGUCCUGUGCAGGGAAGGAGGCUGCGGCGUCUGUACGGUUGUGGCGACUGCCCCCGAUCCCGAGCACGAGGGAGCCCAUAAGACCUUUGGUGUUAAUGCGUGUCAACUCCUGGUUUAUGCCUGUGCUGGUUGGUCCAUUGAGACGGUGGAAUACCUAGGGAACCGCUACGAUGGAUACCACACGCUUCAGAAAGCUCUCACGGGCUUCUACGGAACUCAGUGUGGUUACUGUUCCCCGGGAAUGAUCAUGACGAUGUAUGGACAGUUGAAGUCUUCGGGGUCGCUCACCGCCGCCCAAGUGGAGGAAUCCUUGGACGGGAACCUUUGCCGGUGCACUGGCUAUCGCCCCAUUCUGGAUGCCUUCAAAUCCCUGGCUGAGGAUGGAGACCAAUGCCUGAAGGACAAACUUGUCGAUAUUGAGGAAGCAAACAACGCAAAAUGCCCUAAGACUGGCAAUGUCUGUAAGGGUAAGUGCGAGUCCAGCAAAGAGGACAACGAAUCAGGCUGUAAGAACGAACAAGAAGAUGCCGACCCCAUAGAAGAGGAAGUUGAAUUUACGGACGGUGAAAUCCAGUGGUAUCGACCUCUCACCCUUGUGGGAAUAAAGAAUGCCCUAAAGAAAAUCAGACAAGACGAAAAGUAUUGUAUCGUCGUAGGCAACACUGGGCAAGGUGUGUACAAAGAGGAUGGCCCCUAUACAACAUACAUCAGCACAAAUGCAGUGAAGGCCUUGUAUAAUGUCACAAUUGGGGAGCCACUUACCCUUGGAGCUAAUGUUAGCCUCAGUCGUGCUAUUGAGGUGUUCCAGCACGUUGCCAACGCGUAUCCUAACUACAGGUACUUGGAUGCUCUGGUGCGCCACUGGAAGCUUGUGGCAAAUGUGUCAGUGCGAAAUACAGGAAGCUGGGCAGGCAACCUCAUGCUAAAGCACAAGCACCCUGAAUUUCCAUCCGAUAUCUUCCUAACACUGCUGGCGGUUGAUGCCCAGUUGACGCUGAUUGAUGCUGACAGAACUGACACAACGCAGGUGGACCUUGAGACUUUCCUGAGAACAGAUAUGUCAAAGCGUCUCAUUACCUCCGUGAUUUUACCACCUAUGGCUCAGGGCAUGCAGUUCCGUACGUAUAAGAUCACUCCAAGGACAGUAAAUGCACAUGCAUAUGUUAAUGCGUGCUUCAAAAUAAAAGUCGAUCCAGAUGAUGGAUUUAAGGUUACCGAGACUCCCACAAUAGUAUAUGGAGGAAUACGAGAGGCUGUGUACCUUGACGACAUACCUACACUCCCUGGGGAAUUGCAUGGUGCUUUUGUGCAGACAAAAUAUGCAAAAGCCAAAUUGAAAUCGACUGAUGCAUCACAGGCCUUGGCAGUGCCCGGUGUUGUUGCUUAUAUCGCUGCGAGGGAUAUUCCUGGAAGAAACACAUUCUACCCAGGAGGAGUAACCGACCCGGUUUUCGUGGAGGAGCAAGUGAAUUACGCAGGCCAGGCCAUCGGUCUCAUUGUAGCCAAGGAUCGCGAAACUGCCGUACGUGCCGCCAAACUCGUCACAGUUGAAUACGAAGAUAUUGAGAAGCCUGCACUUACAAUUGACGAAGCCGUGAAGCAAGGGCGAGACGAACUGGCGGUCAACUUCGCGACGGGGAAGCGUGAAGCACAUUCGUUGGGGGAUGUUGAGGAGGGCUUUAAGAAAGCUAAGAACAAGCUGGAAGGGGAGCUGCAUCAGGGAAGUCAGUUCCACCUGACCAUGGAGGCAAUUGCUGCCCGCGUUGUCCCAACAGAAGAUGGGUAUGACGUCUUUAGCACAACACAGUGGCCAACGCAGACCCAGGCAACAGUGGCCGAGGUGUUGGAUAUCCCUGCUCAUAGCAUAAACGUAUCAGUAAGGCGCAUUGGUGGGGGAUAUGGCGGCAAAAUUACCCGACAGCAUGUUGUUUCAUCAGCGGCAGCUGUAGCAUCACGGAAACUAAGAUGUCCUGUGAGGAUUGUUGUUGACCUCAAUACACACAUGAGUCUUGUGGGGUGGCGAGAGCCCUACCUCUCAAAGUACGAGGUUGGUUUUGACGACGAUGGCAAGUUCCAGGCCCUCAAAGUGACCAUGUUCUCGGAUGCAGGCCAUGUGCCCAAUGAGUCCUCAGUAGGAUUCCUGGCAGGACCUCUCCAGAAUGCCUACUAUGUCCCCGGUCUGCUUUUCAGGCCAGUCAUUGUUCGGACAGAUACAGCUGCCAACACCUGGUGUCGAACCCCAGGUACUGUUGAGGCCCUGGCAACCAUUGAGAACAUCAUAGAGCACAUCGCCAACUAUCUCAAAAAAGACCCUAUGGAGGUGCGCCUUGUGAACAUGGUUGAGCCUGAAGUGCCACGCCUCAUGGCACCCCCUCUUGAGAGGAAUGUGAUCAAGGAUGACAUACUGCCAUUGCUCAAGCAGAAGGCCAUGUAUGAACAACGGAAGGAGGAGGUGGAGGCCUUCAAUAAGGCAAAUCGCUGGAAGAAGAGAGGCCUGUCGAUUGUGCCCCUUUGGUAUGGUUACAACUACCCUUCCAUGUUUCGAUACGGAAUUCAGGUCUCCAUCUAUGAGCAUGAUGGUACAGUAGCGGUGACACAUGGUGGCAUUGAGAUGGGACAAGGUAUCAAUACCAAGGUGGCUCAGGUAGCAGCACACACUUUGGACAUUCCUAUUGAAAAGGUGAUCAUCAAGGCUUCUGAUACAACUGUUGGUGCGAACUCAAUUGUAACGGGAGGAUCGUUUGGAACGGACAUUUGCUGUCAUGGCACAAAGGUAGCCUGCGAAGCGAUCCGUAAGAGGAUAGACGCAAUCAAGAGCGAGGAAUUAAAGAAAGACUCGGAGAAAGAGAUGUCUUGGGAGCAGCUCGUCAAGAUAUGUCACCUUAGGGAUGUGGACUUGUGCGAACGCUAUUGGACUGCUGGAAAGGAACAUCCCCAUCGCUAUGACAUAUGGGCUGCCUGUUGCCUUGAGGUUGAAAUUGACGUCCUCACUGGCCAGUACUUGCUCCGUCGUGCCGAUAUCGUUGAGGACUGCGGGAAAAGCAUGAACCCCUUCGUAGACAUCGGACAAGUGGAGGGAGCCUUUGUCAUGGGUGUUGGUCUCUACACGUCUGAGCUGGUGAAGUUCGACGUGGAAACGGGCGUAAAGCUCUCUAAUGGAACGUGGGAAUACAAGCCACCAACAGCACUGGAUAUUCCUGUUGACAUGAGGGUGACUCUCCUGCCUAAUGCAUCAAACCCUUAUGGUGUCUUGAACUCCAAAGCCACCGGGGAGCCAGCUCUCUGCUUCUCAUAUGUAGUUGUCACUGCCCUCCGUCAUGCCAUUGCGGCCUUCAGAGCUGAGAAUGGAAAUGAGGACUGGUUUGAAAUGCACACACCACUGACAGUGGAGAAAGUCCAACAGCUGUGCGGCGUUCGACCAGAGCAGUUCCGGCUUUCCAGGAGCGAUGGGGAGACCUGCCCCGAUGACUACCAGAUGGUUGACAAAGAUGACGUUCCUGCUGUUGUGGGAAAUGAUGAGGAGAGUGUAUCUUGUUCCAUGAAUUGAGGGUCAAAAAAAAGGAACAGAGAAAGGAGGGGACGUUGGUUGUGAGGUGUCAACUUUACUUUGAUUUUCAUAAUCUGUUGAUAUUCAGGGUUGUUGUAGGUAGUGUUCUUGGAUAUUAUGAUUUUGGUGUGAAUGCACACAAUCUUGUUGGUUAUAUGUCUUAGAUUUAGAUUAUUAAUCCUCCAGAUGGUAGAAUAGAAUAUAUUAAGAAUGUUUUGAUGAAGUUUAGCUGAAAGAUUCCAUACAUAAGGGAAAUAAAUGUGCAACACACACACACACACACACACACACACACACACACACACACACACACACACACACACACACACACACACACACACACACACACACACACACAAAAUCAGCUUUUUUUUUUUUUUUUCUUUUUCUUUUUUUUCUUUUCACAUGCAGUCAUAUUUUUAAGCAGCGAUAAAUAAUAUCCAACAAUAGAAUGAAAGUCCCUUUGAUUAUUCAAGAUGUUUGCUGUAAAAGGAAGGAUUAUGCAAGAGAUAAGAUAUAGAUUUUAUUGAUUAUACCUAUAUUUGUUUCAUGUUUCUUUACAUUUUUAAGUUUAUUUUACUUUUUGACUUUGCAUUUUAAAAAAGAUUAAAAUGAGGAAAUAAGGAUAUAUGCUCUUUGAGGUAGAACACUAAAUGAUUUUAGUCAUAAUUAGUGAAAUCACUGAUGUAAUUGAAAUGUAUUUAUCAAUAAUGUUUGGUGCAUAUGAGAUUAUAUAUUUCUGAUUAUUUAUUUGGUAUUUUAGUUGCCUUCACCCAUUCUGAAGUCCAGAAACUGACACUGUUUUAAUCUGAAGGUCAUGUCAUGUCAGCUAAUCUAAUCCAAAUGUGAAGGAAUUAUCUGAAUAAUAAUGAUAAUAAUCUGAAUCCACAUAUAAAUUAAUUUUCUGAAUGAUAAUAAUGAUAAUGAUAAUAAUCUGAACAUCAUAUCAUGUCAACUACUGUAAUCCAAAUAUGAAUAAAUUAUAAGUUGGAA